AUGGAGACAGGGCCUACUCACAGACCGCCAGUCAAAUCUAUAAAGGCGAGUUCACUCUCUCCGCUAUUGUCCUCGGCCUCGCUGCCACUGUCGCUGCUCUGCCUCCCCCCCUCCGCCGGUGGUAUUGGUGCUGGCAACGGUAUCGCAAACAAGGGCAACACCAACGUCCGCUUCCCUGUCCCCGAGAACAUGACCGUCAAGCAGGCUCAGGCCAAGUGUGGUGACCAGGCUCAGCUCUCUUGCUGCAACAAGGCCACCUACGCCGGUGACACCACCGAUGUCAACUCUGGCAUGCUCGGCGGCACCCUCAGCAACCUGAUCGGUUCCGGCUCCGGUGCCGAUGGUCUCGGUCUCUUCGAUCAGUGCUCCAAGCUCGAUCUCCAGAUCCCCAUCCUCAUCGCCGUCCCCAUCCAGGACCUCAUCAACCAGAAGUGCAAGCAGAACAUCGCCUGUUGCCAGAACUCUCCCUCCAGCGCCAACUCCGAUCUCGUUGGCCUUGGCCUCCCCUGUGUUGCCCUUGGCUCCAUCAUCUAA